UUGCAUGAUAUCACAGAAUAGGUCAAAUAUUGGUAGAACUGUAUCCGAAUUUCAGCUGUACACUUUAAUAUAAAAAUUACAAUCAAGUAUAAUGUGUUAAUUAAAAGCAUUUUCUUCAUUCUAUACAAAAUAGCUUAUUUACUAUACAUUAAAUAUUAUUUUAAUAAAUUUUUUCUCUUUAAGUCUAACAACAAUGUUAAUAACUAAUGGAUGAAUCCGUUACGUUGAAUUUAUUUACAUAAAUAAGCACCGCAUUUAAAUAUUAAUAGUUUCAUACAGAAAGAACUUAUAUAAAGAUCUACGUACACAGGUCUAACAUUUCUAUCGCCUAUGAAAAAAAAAAAAAAGGAAACCGAUUAUGUGUAUCGAAAAAAAGUUAUUACCGCAAUGACAGAAAGAAAGGCUAAAAAAACGAAGCAAAGGUGCAUAACUCGUGUUAAAGUCGUCCUUGUGCCCCAUCUGCUAAGUGCCUGUUUCCUAUUUCAUUUCAGAUGCAAAACAUCUUCCAGUUAAGGUAAUACACUUUAGUUGAGAAGUGCGUUAGAUAGUUCAGUCCAGAGGAUAAGCACAAAAGUUGAACUAAUAUUCGCAGACUAAAUAGAGUCAAUUAUCAGUUAAAAUGCUAACAUCACGACGAAUUUUAUCAAAUAUCUUUGUUGUACUGAUAAGAUAGAUAACUGGACGCAUACUUCGUGUAUUGAAUUUACGGAAUUAUCAGUUACACAUUGAUCCUCAAGCGAUAUUCACGAUGGUUCGCGAUCGAAUAGCGGAGUUACACGCCGCUCAAAUGAAUAACAAUAAGUUCGGCAAGGGAUUAAUACAAGAUAUACACAUCAACAUAUCUCGAAAUAAAAAACUGCAGCAAGUAUUUGAUGAAGUUGAAGAAGUUCGUGGGUUAAUUCAACUUAUUGCCGAGAAUAUUUAUAUUGCGAAAGAUUUACACAAAGAUCCUUUAGUGCAGAUAAAUAAGGAUAAAAAGAAGGAAUUGGAAACCCGCGCAUCUACAAUUUCACAAACGUUGUCUCGACUUCACCGCAAAUUAGGAGAAAUGGAAAAGGAAGUUGCUAUCGUUGAUGAUUCAAACCUAUUCAAUGAAACAGAUAGGCCAAUACAUAUUCGAAUCAAAGCCUUACAAUACGAGACCAUGCUAAAAUCGUUUUCCGACCUUAUAGAAGACUAUAGCAGUUCUAUGUUGAAAUAUUAUGACAAAUGCCAUUCAGAUUUAGAAAGGAAAAAAAAAAUAGUCACGUAUAUUCCAAACGAAAAACAACUUGAUUUAGAAGAGCUAAUUGAUUUUGAAGAUGUUUCGGUAUUUACUCAAAAUUAUUUAGAAGAAAGUAGAAAUGCAAGACAACGGUUAGCGGAUACAGAAACUAGACACAAUGAAUUAAUAAAGCUCGAAAAAUCUAUAAGGGAAAUUUUGCACAUGCUUAUUGAAAUUGCAAUUUAUAUCGAUAUACAAGGAGAACAAAUAAAAAGUGUAGAAUAUUUUGCUAAAAGAACUGCGAGUAAUAUUGAUGGCGGUCGCAAUGAUCUUAAAAAAGCAAAAGAAAAAAGUGACAAAUACAGAAAGAGAAAAUAUAAGUGUGUUAUUAUAAUUGGUAUAAUAAUUAUUGUUCUUUUACUGGUAAUGAUAGUCACCUUUUAACGGUAAUUAUAUUUUUAUGAAAAACGAAAUAGAAAUUUUUAUAAAAGUGAAAAAUUUAUUUUAUUAACAAUGACAUACAGUAUCCUUAAUCUUUUUUGUA